GGCCGUCGGCCGGGCCCCCGGGGACCGCUUAGCGUGAGCGCGGGCCGCCUUGCUCCCUCCCGAGGGCUGGAGCCCCCGGCCCCGCGGGGUCCGGCUUGGUGCUCAGGAAACGGGCUGUCGGUUGAGAAACUCUUUUCCUCCCCUCUAGACGUCUGCUUCCAACGUGCGCUGUUUUUCCUUAGCAGCUGGGCAGACCUGUGGUAGCAAGUUAACGAAUUCAAAUAACGACGCCUUCUGUGUGUCGCGCAGCGAGGAGUUGCCAGCCCGCCGGGGCGGACGGAUUGAAGACUGCGAAAGUCCAGACCCAGAACAGUGUGUGGCUGUCACUGAAUGCCUUGCGGACCCUACUCUCUGUGACCAUGAAACGCUGGGUGUCCACAUUGCUGGUGGCCUGGUUUGGUGUCCUGGGCUGUGUGCAGGCUGAAUUCUUCACUUCUAUUGGGCACAUGACUGACCUAAUUUAUGCAGAGAAGGACCUGGUGCAGUCUCUGAAGGGGUACAUCCUUGUGGAGGAAGCCAAACUCUCUAAGAUUAAGAGCUGGGCCAACAAGAUGGAAGCCUUGACCAGCAAGUCAGCUGCUGACCCUGAAGGUUACCUGGCUCACCCCGUGAAUGCCUAUAAACUUGUGAAGCGGCUCAACACAGAUUGGCCUGCACUGGAGGAUCUGGUCCUGCAGAACUCGGCUGCAGGUUUUAUUGCCAACCUCUCUGUGCAGCGGCAGUUCUUCCCCACGGACGAGGAUGAAAUGGGAGCCGCCAAGGCCCUGAUGAGACUUCAGGACACAUACAAGCUGGAUCCAGACACAAUUUCCAAAGGGCAACUUCCAGGAACCAAGUACCAGGCCAUGCUGAGUGUGGAUGACUGCUUUGGGAUGGGCCGCUCAGCCUAUAAUGAAGGCGACUAUUACCACACAGUCUUGUGGAUGGAGCAGGUACUGAAGCAGCUCGAUGCUGGAGAGGAGGCCACCACAUCCAAGGCCCAGGUGCUAGACUACCUGAGCUAUGCUGUCUUCCAGUUGGGUGACCUGCACCGUGCCCUGGAGCUUACCCGCCGCCUGCUCUCUCUUGACCCAAGCCAUGAACGAGCUGGAGGGAAUCUGCGGUACUUUGAACGGUUGCUGGAGGAAGAAAGAGAAAAAAUGUUAUUAAAUCAGACAGAAGCCGGACUGGCCACGCAGGAAAGCAUCUAUGAGAGGCCUGUGGACUACCUGCCUGAGAGGGAUGUUUAUGAGAGCCUCUGUCGUGGGGAGGGUGUCAAACUGACUCCCCGGAGGCAGAAGAGGCUUUUCUGUAGGUACCACCAUGGCAACGGGACGCCACAGCUGCUCAUCGCCCCCUUCAAAGAGGAGGAUGAGUGGGACAGCCCGCAUAUCGUCAGGUAUUAUGAUGUCAUGUCUGAUGAGGAAAUCGAGAGGAUCAAGGAGAUCGCGAAACCCAAACUUGCACGAGCCACUGUCCGUGAUCCCAAGACAGGCGUCCUCACUGUUGCCAGCUACAGAGUUUCCAAAAGCUCGUGGCUGGAGGAAGAUGAUGACCCUGUUGUGGCUCGAGUGAAUCUUCGGAUGCAGCACAUCACAGGACUGACAGUAAAGACUGCAGAACUGCUGCAGGUUGCUAAUUAUGGAAUGGGAGGACAAUAUGAGCCACAUUUUGACUUCUCUAGGCGACCUUUUGACAGCGGCCUCAAAACGGAAGGGAAUAGGUUAGCGACGUUUCUUAACUAUAUGAGUGAUGUAGAAGCUGGUGGUGCCACUGUUUUUCCUGAUCUGGGGGCUGCAAUUUGGCCUAAGAAGGGUACAGCUGUAUUCUGGUACAACCUUCUGCGGAGUGGGGAAGGUGACUACCGUACAAGACACGCUGCCUGUCCCGUGCUUGUGGGCUGCAAGUGGGUCUCCAAUAAGUGGUUCCAUGAACGAGGACAGGAAUUCUUGAGGCCAUGUGGAUCAACAGAAGUUGACUGACUUCCUUUUCUGCCCUUCCCGGCCCCACAGCCCAUGUCGUCCUCAAGUUCCACAUGACAGACACCCUUGUAUGUUCCAGGCCCUGUCACUCAGGUCUUUGUUGGAGUGAAUGUUUGUCUGGAGCAAAGGGAGAGCCGACUGGGGAGGGUCCUGGGUGACCUGGGUCCCGACCUCUCUGGUCAGCCUGUGCCACCUCUGGCCACCUUGGGUCAGAGUGGCUGCAGCAGAGUAAGGCUGUCUAGCACCUAGCAAGGUGCCUUUGUACCUCAGAUGUUUUAGGUGUGAGGUGUUUCAGUGAACCAAAGUUCUGAUACCUUGUUUACAUGUUUGUUUUUAUGGCAUUUCUAUCAAUGUGGCUUUAACCAAAAAAUAAAAUGUCCCUGCCGGAAGCCUUAAAAA